AUGUCUCCGUCUUCAGUGAGCAAUGCGACGGAGACGACGCCGUUGCUGCGUGACCAGACAAGCAGUAAUGGCUGCAUCUCCGAGCCCCAGCCCCAACUCAAUGCGGCGAGGGAAGCCCAAUUCCAGGGUGCUCCGGAAGUACAGGGUCAGAUCAAGUAUAUCUUUGCGGCCAUCUCCAUGGGGAUCUUUCUAUCCGCCGCAGAUCAGACCAUUAUCAUAGCAAGCUACGGCAAAAUUGGAAGCGAUCUGAACGCUCUCAAUCUCACCAGCUGGAUUACGACCUCGUAUUUCCUUACCUUAACCUCGUUCCAGCCGCUAUACGGUCGAUUGAGCGACAUCUUUGGCCGGAAGGCAUGUCUGCUCUUUGCCUAUGUCGUCUUCGGAACGGGUUGCUUGUUCUGCGGCCUCGCGCAGGAUAUCAAGCAGCUCAUCGCUGCACGAGUUUUCCAGGGAAUUGGCGGCGGGGGAAUGACGACUGUCGUCAGUAUCCUGAUGAGUGAUCUUGUGCCCCUGCGAGAUCGAGGCCUCUGGCAGGGUAUUAUUAACAUUAUAUACGCCACUGGCGCAGGCGUUGGCGCACCACUAGGCGGUUUGCUAGCGGAUUAUAUCGGCUGGCGGUGGGCCUUCAUUGGGCAAGCGCCUAUCUGCCUCGCGGCGUUUAUUUCGGUUUCUCUGUUGCUGAAACUGCCAGUGAAGGACAAAGGCGACUGGCGCGCGAAGCUUCGCCGCAUCGACUUUCUGGGUGCCGUCAUCCUUGUCACAGCAGUGUCGGGCUUCCUUCUCGGUAUGGACCGAGGCAGCAACGUCUCCUGGAGUCUCCCAAUCACCAUCGUUUCUUUGAGUGUCUCUGCGGUGUUGUUUAUUGCGUUCGUCCUAGUUGAGAUCUAUGUCGCUGCGGAGCCGUUUGCUCCGGGCCACAUCAUCUUCGACCGCACGCUCGUUGCGUGUUAUGCGUGUAACUUCUUCAGCUUCGGAGGCUGGCUGGCUGCUCUUUUCUUUCUGCCGUUAUUCUUCCAGGCCGUGGAUGGUGUUUCAGCGACCAUUGCCGGCGUCCGCCUCAUCCCGCAGGUCUGCGCAGGCGUAUCAGGCUCGUUGUUUGCCGGUUUCAUGAUGCGGUGGACUGGAAAGUUUUAUUGGAUCACGGUGUUUGCGUAUGGCCUCUUAACAGUGAAGGAGAAUCAGAUCACUAAUUCCGAUCUUCGAUCAGUCUCCAACGCUGCCCCCGAGGACCAGGCCGUCGUGACCGCCUGCUCGUAUCUGUUCCGUUCCCUCGGAUCGAUCAUCGGGUUAUCCCUGUCGGCCACAGUCGUGCAGCAGAUCCUCCGGGAGCGGCUACGGUCCGCCUUGAGGGACAGCAAGGACAUCGACCGGAUCGUCCAGGGGGUGCGACAGAGUCUAGAGUUCAUCAAGACGCUGGAUCCGCAGAUCCGCGACAUCGUACGGCGCUGCUACGGUACGGCUACCAACCUGGGCUUCGCCUUUAUGAUCGGAAUCGUUUUCUUUGCUUUGUUUAGCAGCUUCUUCAUUCGCGAGCAGAAGCUCAGUCGAUAG